CGCGCUCUAACGUCACUUUCCCUGCGCGCGCCGCAUUUGUGAAGCAGAUUGGGGCGCGUCAAAUGGUCGGCAGUAUUAAAACGUAUUCACGACAUACGUAAUUUAUGAUCCUCUUCCGUUGUUGCGGUUUCAAAUCGGGACAAGUUCGGCGACGCCCGAAAACCCCGAUCGUUCUGUACCACGCGGAACUCAGCGCUCCUUGCCGCGCAGUACGAAUGGUUAUGAAACUGCUCAGUUUACCCGUCGAGCUCAAGACCUUAGAUAUAAUUGCGGGUGACCAUUUAAAAGCGGAGUACGUCCAGAUGAAUCCGCAGCAUACCGUUCCGACGCUCGUCGACGAAGGAUUUGUGCUUUACGAAAGUCGAGCGAUCAUGACAUACCUGGUGGACAAGUACGCGCCGGAUCACGAUUUGUACCCUCAGGACUUGCAGAAGCGGGCCGUUAUUAACAGACUGCUGUUUUUCGAUGUCGGCACGCUGUAUCCGGCAGCUGCGGACUACUUUAUGGUACAAGCUGGGCUGCAAGAUGCUAUGGAUGCUGAUACGCCAUUCAGGCGGCGGAGCCCCAGGUACGCUCAACAGCACAAGAAUAAGGUCAAGUCAGCCCUCGAAUUCCUCUACGUGUCCCUUGGUGAAAAGCUCUUCCUCACUGGCAACGAGAUCACCGUGGCAGACAUUUCCAUCGUGUCGUCACUUUCACUUCUAGACGUUGUGAACUACGAUCACAGUGAAUUUCCGAGUGUGGGGGCAUAUUACGAGAAGCUAAAAGCAAGCCUGCUGUGCUACGAUGAAGUCAACAGCGAGGGAAUUCGACAAUUUAGAACUAUUGCUAACAUAUAGUAUUGCUUGAAGUAUUAACGGCAAUUGCAGAUAUGCAGUGGCUGAGUCAUUGAUCAAAAUAGUGAACUUUUACUUCAUCUAGUUUGGUCCUCUGAAUUUUACAAUAGAAUGUGCGUAAUGCUUGUUUACAAAGCAGUAGAAAUCAGAAGUGUGCGACGACAGCAGUUACGUACAUGAAAAGCAUUGUACAAAAAUCUAAAUAAAACUAACCUAGAACCUAUGAAGUGCCAAAC